GGGUCGCCAUUUUCUUCCUCUCCGCCGGUGAUCAGCUCUUCUCUGGGAUUCGUGACUUCGCUCCUGGUCUCUCUGCGUCUUUCAAGCCUUUGACAUCUGACAAAGAGCUGAAUAUAACGCUCAUAUUAUCAUAUUUAAAACGUUUAAGUUCCUUUUCUCUCUCGCGAGUUUGUUUGUGUCGUAAACGAUGUCCGCUGAGAAUCCAGAGUAUUCCCCGUUCUUCGCGGUGAUGGGCGCCUCGGCAGCGAUGGUCUUCAGCGCCCUUGGCGCUGCUUAUGGCACAGCCAAGAGCGGCACAGGCAUCGCUGCCAUGUCUGUGAUGAGGCCGGAGCUUAUCAUGAAGUCCAUCAUCCCUGUGGUCAUGGCGGGUAUCAUCGCCAUCUACGGUUUGGUGGUGGCCGUACUCAUUGCCAACAAUAUUUCAGCGUCUGUCCCUCUCUACAAGAGUUUUCUUCACCUGGGGGCUGGGCUGAGUGUGGGACUGAGUGGCCUUGCUGCUGGAUUUGCCAUCGGGAUCGUAGGAGAUGCAGGAGUUCGGGGCACGGCCCAGCAGCCCCGCCUUUUUGUUGGCAUGAUCCUUAUCCUGAUCUUUGCUGAGGUGCUGGGGCUCUAUGGGCUUAUUGUUGCCCUUAUCCUCUCCACCAAGUAAACAGCAUUAAUAAUCAUAACAAAAAUAAUUCAAAUUAUACUGAUAAAAACACCCACCCACUACAAACACACACAAAUUCAACCUCUAACAUACACUUAAUGAAACACAUUGAGUAACUACACCACAUGAACAGAAGAGAGGGGAGUAUGUUUGUGUGUAUGUAAGUAUGAAUGUGUGUGUGCGUGCGUGUUUGUACUUGGUGGGCAAUUAAAUGUACGAGAGAGAGCUCUCCUCUCUGUGUGUAUUAUAGUAGCUUGACGUGCGUCUCCUUGUAAAUGCGCUGUGUAGCUUGUGAUUUUUGUCUUGCUGGUGUUUAGAUAGCUGCCCCUUCCCUUUUUGCCACUCUUUGUGUUUUAAUUUCAUCCAUUUUCCUUUCUUGUUUCAAGAACAAAUUCAGUUUCCACCCCUAUUUUGGGACCAUCUGCUGAUUUAAUGCUGAUGUUGAGGACUUACCUGUAAAAAAAAAAAAAAAAAUGCAUUUUCACAGAUUAUUUAUGAAGAUUUUGAAAUGUUCAUGAAAUUGUUUAAUUGAGAGUUUAUUGAAAUCCCAGUGAUCUCUCUCUCUAUAUAUAUAUAUAUAUAAAGACAUGUAACAGAAGUAUAUAUCUGUAUAGGUAGGUGAAUUGCACUGUGGGUAAAUUGUGCUUGGAGUUCUCUGGAUGUAAUCAUCAGUUACCAUACGAAUUUUGUUGUCUGUAUCAAAGUUAUUGGUGUGGAAGUUUACAGAGCGUGCCGCCUGUGAGUGUAUGCACGCAUAUGUUUGUGUGAAUGUGUAUGUUUUAAUUCUAAGGUGACAUUCUUUGAACGACGCGUAGCGUUAUACCUGUAGCUACUACUGUUUAUGGUUGCAUUGAUGGGCAUACACCAGCCUGGCCUGUCCUGUUUCCAAAUAAAACUUCCUCAACUUC